CCUUUCUCACGACUGCGAGUUCUUUCCGACUCUUCCUGGUAAGAGAAGGCGAUCAACGGCGUAUUGUCUGUGGAUAGGGGCGGGGAAAAGGUUCCUUCAUUACUUGGAGAAAAGCUGUCGGGUCUUCAGCUUUCGCUGUCACUCAUCACCGUUCAACACGGUACGAGCCCUUCUUGGGGCUCGGAGGAUUGACCAGAUACCCUUUUAAGCUCUAUAAAUUGCUUCAGUGAAAGAUGGGGGCAGUCACACCCCAGUUUGGUCCGAAACCCAUCGGGCCCAAGUAUGGCCAACCCAUCGUACCAAACCUCAAUGUCAAACAUGUUUGUCCUAAUUGUCGGAAUAACCCACCCAACAUCAUUGAGGAAUAUUCCAAAGGUGACUUGGUGUGCGGGGACUGCGGUACCAUCCUUGGCGACAGAGUCGUUGAUACGAGGAGCGAAUGUGAACCUUCGCUAGCGAUGAAGGCGGAGCCGAUCCUUCCCGUGUUGGUCAAGCAGGCAACGGAUUGAUCAAGAACGAUCUCGACACGCAAGUCUCCGGUCUUGACGGUCGUUCUGGUCAAUCUGGCGCUUUAGCUCGCGCUCAAAUGCGUGCGAAUGCUGCCACCGGUGGUCUAGGUCGAUCAAAUCACAAUGCUAUCACAAACAUGUUUGGAAAGAUCCAUCAGAAAUGCGAUGCUAUGCAGUUACAACCAAAUAUCACUCAACGUCAAAGAGGAUUACGCCUAGUGCUUGUCACAAUCAUGGCUGGUGAUCACAAAUGUCCUUUGUGUUCGGCCACCUUUACACGACCUCAACAUGUCGGAAGACAUCUUCGAGCACAUACUGGCGAUAGACCAUACGAAUGCAAAGAGUGUCCACUUCGUUUUGCAAGAAGUGAUCUACUAUCUCGACAUGUGAACAAGGCUCACAAAUCCCCCGAUGGCGUUGAUCAAAUUACGACGAAGAAGGAAAACAAGAAGGGUCGUCGUAAAUCUAUUGCCACCUCUGUCAUAUCUGACAGUCCUGUCGAACCUGAACCUGAAUCAUCUCGCCGAGCUUCGUUUGAUCAACCCGGAUUACAAGCUCAGAGAAUGUAUCCCAACCAUCCCUUACUCGCUAAUCCUCCUCAACCUUCCCAAGUACUCCCAUUUGGCGCUGCGGGCUGGACGAGCGGGCAGAUGAGCAUUGGACCCAGCGGCGACUUGAACCAUCUCAUGCCCGAUCUCAGCGUGGGAAUGGGAUUUCAAGGCGGAGCUCUCGGUUCCCACUUGAGCGGACUGAAGCCCGAACAACAAGGAAUGACGUCUGUUCCCAUGGGUAGGAAUGGAAGUCUAUCCAGCCUUUCGAGUGUGGGUUACGAGUUUGGUUUCAAGAAACGAGCGUGUGACCAGUGCAAUCAUUCCAAGCCCCGCUCUCGUACCGUCACUCCCAUUCUCGCAAAUCGUGUAUCUCCAAUCAACGCCGCGGUGAACAACAUUGCGACUCCUAUGUCUGGAUCCACCAACUCUUCCCCAUUGACCCAAUUUCCCUCUCCCGUUCAGUCUGCCCCGAAAUAUAGCCCCCCUAGGUCCGUCAGACAGAACGGCUCUAUGGCUGCUCCUGGUCAGUACAGUGAUUCGAAUCAGCUUCAAACGGCCGACCCUUUAUCAGGCGCUUGGUCACAGGAAUAUUAUGUCUCCGAACCUGUUCCGCUUCCUACCAGCCAGUGGUCGACGCCGCCUAUACAUCAGGCCAUGGUGGACCAGCAUUUCGUAGGAUCCCACAACUUGCAAUCUACGUCCAUCUACGCCUCUCCCGGUCAGAUGAACCCGCCACUGCCCCCCGCUCCUCAAAACAGACCCAUGCGAUCGCUGCCAGGCAGCUUCGCAUCAGGCAAGUCCUCGAGCUCAUCACCACCUGGCAUGGAUCCGACCCCAUCUCUCACUAGCCUCACCACCAUCAGUCCGAGUAGCAGCGAUGAGCUCUCCCCUCCGCGCAACAGUGGCAAUGUCCAGACCACUCCCCCCGGGAUAUGGAACGUCGGGAAAGUCCCAAUUCGUCAAAGCUCUACCUCCGAUCAGUCUGUCCUCGCGUCUCCAUAUACGCCUGCGCAGAUUCACUCAGGCCUUCCUGGAUCUCUCACCGUGCCGAACAUGCCCAACGACGUUUCAUGGUAUUCAACAUCGACCUUCGAUCCAUCACACCAGCUUUCGUCCUCGUCUACUAGUGAGGGAGAAGAUGCGCGCUUCGACUCUGCCAUAGCGUCUGAUUUCCUUAACAUGGACGAGGAAACCAUUCAAAGGGCUAUAGCACAACAUCAUCGUCGCCGUUCUUCUACGGGCGUGUGGGCAAAUGCGUUCAACCAAAUGUCCCUACGAGAUGUCGUCCCUCAGCUUGCUUCGAGCGACACUUCAAACUCCUCCACCAUGUUCACGAACCCGUUAAUGGCGUCACAGCUCGCUCAACAUGUGCAGAAGCAACAUGAUCCCAGACGACCUACCGUUUCGAUCGCGCCAAUCGCAGAUGGUGAUAACGCCAAGGUACCGACCCUGGCCGAUUUACAAGAUGUUUGGAAGCAAUUCAUCUCGGAUCCUAUGAACGGUUUUGCUCUCGGGGAUAAACCUCGCACAGACGAUGAUUUGGGAGUUUCAGUGAUAACACCCAGGCCAGGAUACGGACGCACACUAAGCAAAAGCAAUUCGAUGCCUGAUCUGAAAUCACCCGGUCUCACUGCACGACCGGCAGCCAAUGGGGUCAAUGGUCUGCCCUUACCCACUCCGACUACGGAAGAAGCCAUGCAAAAGUGGAAAGUGGAAUUGCAAAAUCGACAGACAUCUUUCAACAUGCAGUUUGACGUCAAGCGCCGAAGCGGUAGUAUAUCUUCCUCUGCCCAGUCCAACAACAGUCAAUCGGGGGGAAAUCUACCACCGAGACUCAUUCCCAAUCCUAUCAGUAACACGACCACUCAAUCGGCUCAUUCAACCAUCAGACCAAUGGCCAGUGCUGUACAACGAUCUUCGGCAUUACAACAAACCCUAGCUCCGCAACGACUACCCUCCUUCGGUUUACAGCAUACACCGUCACCUUAUGGCGGUCCGAAUGGACAUUACUUCUCGCCCGCGGAAAAUCAGAAACAUACUUCUAUGUUUGCGCGGCCGGGGAACAAACGUCUAGCCUCUCAGACUUUGGUGUCGCAAGAAGGGAAAAGAGCUUCUUUCUCAUUAUGGGAUGGGGAUGAUGGUGUAGAGGGACCGUCGGGUUUGGACGCGACGGGUUGGUCAGGAGUACCGUUGUAUCCAGUGGCGAGUGCUGGUUUGGCUCAGGAUAUUCAUAGCAUGGGAGGGAAUGGACAACCAACGCCUGUGUUCUUCCAGACCUGGCCGCCGAAACAAUAAGUUUGAUAUCGGGACUUUGAUCUGGGCUACGUGUUGUUUUAUCUGAGUUUACCUUUGCGGAUGUGAUUUGAGAGAUUGCUGGGGUGUCUUGGG